CUCGCGCUGGGCUCGCGCCCGCGCCUCCACCCUCCGCCCUCCGCCCUCGCGCCCUCGCGCCGGGGGCGGGCGCUGCGCGUGCCGGGCGGGGAAGCGGUGCGAGCCAGGCGCUGCGAACGUUCGCCGCGGGGGCGGCUCCGGGGCCUGAGUGGGCGCCGCCGCUGCCUCAGCUGAGGGGGCCGGGCCGGAGCGUGAGGAGGAGUGAGGCCGCAGGAGACCUUCCCGACGCCCCCUGCUCCUGCAGGGAAGUGAGCAAGGAUGAUUGAGGAAAGUGGGAACAAGCGGAAGACCAUGGCAGAGAAGAGGCAGCUGUUCAUAGAAAUGCGUGCUCAGAAUUUUGAUGUCAUACGACUAUCAACUUACAGAACAGCCUGCAAAUUACGAUUUGUACAAAAACGAUGCAACCUUCAUCUUGUUGAUAUCUGGAACAUGAUUGAAGCCUUCCGAGACAAUGGCCUUAAUACACUGGACCAUGCCACCGAGAUCAGUGUGUCCCGCCUUGAAACUGUCAUCUCCUCCAUCUACUAUCAGUUGAACAAGCGCCUUCCUUCUACUCACCAAAUUAGUGUGGAACAAUCUAUCAGCCUCCUCCUCAACUUUAUGAUUGCUGCAUAUGACAGUGAGGGCCGAGGCAAGUUGACGGUAUUUUCAGUUAAAGCUAUGUUAGCAACCAUGUGUGGUGGAAAAAUGCUGGACAAAUUGAGAUAUGUUUUCUCCCAGAUGUCAGAUUCCAAUGGCUUAAUGAUAUUUAGCAAGUUUGACCAGUUUCUGAAGGAAGUUCUGAAGCUCCCAACAGCUGUCUUUGAAGGGCCAUCUUUUGGUUACACAGAGCACUCAGUCCGCACCUGUUUUCCACAGCAGAGGAAAGUAUAAUGCAAUAUGUUUUUAGACACGAUGAUGGCUGACCCUCCUCCCCAGUGCCUUGUCUGGCUACCUCUCAUGCACAGGCUUGCCCAUGUUGAGAAUGCAAUCUUCCAUCCUGUGGAGUGCUCCUACUGCCGGUGUGAGAGUAUGAUGGGUUUCCGGUACCGAUGCCAGCAGUGCCACAACUAUCAGCUCUGCCAGAAUUGCUUUUGGCGUGGCCAUGCCGGUGGCCCUCACAGCAAUCAACACCAGAUGAAGGAGCAUUCCUCUUGGAAAUCUCCUGCAAAGAAGCUGAGCCAUGCAAUUAGUAAAUCUUUGGGGUGUGUACCCACGAGAGAACCCCCGCAUCCUGUUUUUCCUGAGCAACCAGAGAAACCACUUGACCUUGCACAUAUAGUUCCUCCUCGCCCUCUGACUAAUAUGAAUGACACCGUGGUUAGCCACAUGUCCUCCGGAGUGCCCACUCCCACCAAGAGUGUUCUGGACAGUCCUAGCCGACUGGAUGAGGAACACCGUCUUAUAGCUCGAUAUGCUGCCCGGCUGGCUGCAGAAGCAGGAAAUGUGACUCGUCCUCCCACUGACUUGAGCUUUAACUUUGAUGCCAACAAACAACAAAGACAGCUUAUUGCAGAACUGGAAAACAAAAACAGAGAGAUCCUGCAGGAGAUUCAGCGUCUCCGCCUAGAACACGAGCAGGCCUCCCAGCCCACCCCUGAGAAGGCACAGCAGAACCCCACGCUGCUGGCAGAGCUGCGGCUGCUGAGGCAAAGGAAGGAUGAACUGGAGCAGAGGAUGUCGGCCCUGCAGGAGAGCAGGCGGGAACUGAUGGUCCAGCUAGAAGAGUUGAUGAAGUUGCUGAAGGCUCAGGCCACAGGGUCACCACAUACAUCGCCCACCCAUGGAGGCGGCCGGCCGAUGCCCAUGCCAGUGCGCUCCACGUCUGCCGGCUCCACCCCCACCCACUGUCCGCAGGACUCACUGAGUGGAGUUGGGGGAGACGUGCAGGAGGCCUUUGCACAAGGUACGAGGAGAAACCUCCGCAAUGACCUGCUGGUGGCAGCUGACUCCAUCACCAACACCAUGUCAUCCCUGGUGAAGGAGCUCCAUUCAGCACUGUUUCUCAACCCCCGUCAGAAGCACGGCCCCCCUCUGUACCCACGAACAGAAGAGGUGACAGCCUUUGGGAUGACCUCACAGCAGAGGAAGGUGCAGAGGAAGAAGAAGAGAAGAUGCACAAUGGGAAAGACAGAGGUUAGCAGAGGAGCCGGACACAGAGGAAGCUCAGGCACAGAGGACGAGGAGCAAGCUGGCGCCGACAUGGCGAAGGCAAGGUCUUCCCCCAGAGGCACAUUCCUCUCCAUCUUUCCACCGCACACCUGGACCAGGCUUGCAGGCUGCCAGACGUCACUCCACCCGCCAGGGAGAGGGGAGCCAGAGCCGGUGGGAAGCGGGGAGGGGCUGCGUGACACAGCUGGUGGGCCUCCCCCUGCACAGCCCUGCAUGUACUAGCACCUUCAUCACUCCCCUCAGGGCAUGGUCUCAUCUCUGCAUCAGGAAUUUACCUGGAGGUUGAAAAGAGAAAAGAAAAAGCACCAA